UUUUGAAAACGCUUUUUUUCAAACAGAAAAGGGUUGCAAGGGCUUACUCCUCUCUCUCUCUGUCUCUCUCUCUCUCUCUCUGCUAGCUUGGGUUCGCUCGGGUCCUAAGAAUUCUUUGCUCUCUUUCUUCUUCGUUUCUCUUUUGAUUUGUCGGAGAGGGCGGUAGAGGAGGGAGAAAUGGAGGUUCCGAAGGAUCAGAUGACCACCCUUCUCGACAAUGGCCUCUACGACUCGGCCCAGUUGCUGGGAUGCUUUCUUGUAUCCUCAGCUAUUACAAAUAUUGAAGCCAAUCCCUAUGUGAAGGUUGAAAACUUGGUGCUUCAAGGCGAUGCUUUGUUUGGAGAAAAGGAAUUUCGUAGGGCACUGAGUAUGUACAAACAAGCACUGCAGCAUUGCAAAGUGAUUCCUAAGCAAACAACAAAUUAUUCUAGAAGUUCAUUAUCUACAUCAAGUAGGUCAUCUUCCCCAAAUUCUAUCAAUGCAUCAGCAAUUAAUGAAAAUGAGGUGAAAUUUAAAAUUGCUCUUUGCUAUUGUGCACUAAGUGAGAACCGGGCUGCUCUUUUAGAGAUGGAAGGAAUUCCACCUAAAGCAAGAACACUGCGAAUGAAUCUGACCUUGGGGAAGCUUUAUCGCAUUUCUAGGCACAGUCGCUCUGCAAUUGCUUGUUACAAAGAUUGUUUGAGGCACUCUCCUUAUAUUUUGGAGGCCAUUACAGCUUUGGCGGAAUUAGGAAUCUCUUCCAAGGAAAUUUUGUCUCUAUUUCCUCAGACCCCAAAUAGAGGAGGGAGGCCCCCUUUUGAUCACAUGGAUGCACCCCGUUGGUUGCAUCUGUAUGUUGAGGCUCAAUGUUGCAUUGCUUCAAAUGAUUAUAAAGGCGGCCUUGACCUUUUUUCUGAACUAUUGCAACGGUUUCCUAAUAAUGUGCACAUCAUGUUGGAAAUUGCAAAGGUUGAAGCCGUUAUUGGAAGAAAUGAUGAAGCAAUCAUGAAUUUUGAGAAGGUUCGUUCGGUUGAUCCCUAUGUUAUGACAUACAUGGAUGAGUAUGCGAUGCUUCUAAAAUCAAAAUCUGACCAAGCCAAGCUAAACAAGUUGGUGCAUGAUCUUCUCAACAUUGACUCUGCAAGAGCAGAAGUUUUUGUUGCUUUAUCAGCAUUAUGGGAAAGGAAAGAUGAGCGGCGAGCUUUAUCAUAUGCUGAGAAGAGCCUUAGAACUGAUGAUAGAAACAUAUCAGGCUACAUUAUGAAGGGAAACCUCUAUCUAUCAUUAAACCGGCCAGAUGUAGCUGCAACAGCCUUCAGGGCAGCUCAAGAAUUAAGGCCUGAUCUUCGCUCAUACCAAGGUCUAGUUCGUUCUUAUCUAGCACUUUCAAAGUCCAAAGAGGCAUUAUUUACUGCCCGCGAGGCAAUGAAGGUUAUGCCUCAGUCUGCAAAAGCUCUCAAGUUAGUUGGAGAUGUACAUGCCAGUAGUUCUGGUGGGAGAGAGAAGGCAAGAAAAUUCUAUGAAUCUGCACUCCGUUUGGAAUCUGGUUUUCUUGGAGCUGCUCUAGCAUUGGCAGAGUUACAUGUUGUUGAGGGACGAAAUAAAGAUGCUGUAUCACUACUUGAGAGAUAUCUUAAAGACUGGGCAGAUGACUCUCUCCACAUCAAGCUGGCUCAAGUAUUUGCAGCAUCAAAUAUGCUCUCAGAUGCUCUUUCACAUUACCAAGCUGCAUUGAGGAUAAACCCUCAAAAUGAAGCUGCAAAGAAAGGGUUGGAUCGCUUAGAGAAGCAGAUGAAGGGAAUGGAUCCAGAUGCACCUGAAGAUGAAGAAGAAAAUGAAGCUGAGGAUGCUGAAGGUGAUCACGAAGAGACUGAGCUCCUAUAGUCUGCGAAGAUUAAAAAGACUUGGGUACUUUGUGCAGGCAAUAUCAGUAGCUCAAUCUACAACACCUAACAAGACAGGGCAACCCAACAAAUGAGAAGUAGGAGAUGAGUGAUAUAAAAAAAGAAUUUCAUUAUUAUGCAUUUCUCUGCUUCCAAUUGUCUUUCUACCAAGGCUUUCAUGGGAUGGCCGCUCGCAGCAGUGUCAGUUGUUUUUUCUAAUGAAAAUGACUGUUGGAGCAUGUUCUGUUGGAGCAUGUUUUAAGUUACUAUAAGAAACAGGGAGUACCUACUUAGGGCUACACCAAUUAUUUUGAUUUGCAUGACGGCAAGUGAUCACAUAAAUUCACCAUUACUCUCCUUAGGAGUACCGUCAUCCUUUGUAGAUAUGAAAAUGUCUGCGGAGGAAUUGACUGUAAGUUUUCAAUAUUUUGUAGUUAUGCAUGUAUUUGAAAGCAAUUUUUGCCUUUUUGGUUCAUGAUAUACAGGCACAUGGAUCAAAAUGUUAUCAAAAAGGUUAGGAGACCAACCACUUCUGCAUUUAUAAUAUAUAUAAUUUGGAU